GUGACGGAAUAGACAGCGGCGGCAGCAGCUUGCAUUAUUUUUUUUUUGGCCUUUGUCGACUCACUUGCUCCUAUGACUCCUGCUCCUACACCUCAAUUUGAUUUCCUCUCCAGUCAUCUUUACUGAACGACCUAGGAUAUCCUAUUUUUUCUGUCAUUCUUUUACUCUCCUUCAGCCGCGCAACCUAGCUCUAUUGUUCUCGUCUUUCACGCUGUCCGGCUACGACGUCAUCUGCGCUUGAACCACUUUCUUUCGAUUUUGUGUGUCCGACUCGGCUAUCCUACGAUUUUAUUAUUCGAUAUUCCAUUCAAUACGAAAUAAGCGGAAUUUGUAUUUCGUUUGACUACAAUUACAACCUAUACUCAGCCAGAGUUGCAUAUAAUUCAACAGGUCUCUCAUCGCUGAGAGACGAAACUUGUGUCGAUCGUUGCUUCUGACGUCUGGAGACACUUGAGCCUCGAUUUACCUCGACGCUACUAAUUCAGAAACCAGACGGCGUAGGCACAGGCAAAACCGCCAGCCUUGGCUUGUAGCAGACGAAGCUGCCAACAUCUUCUACCGUGAACCACGACGAAGAUCAGAAGACGAACCGUCCACUCUUCCUACACCUUUAAUAUCCUAUCGACGCACACGCCCUCACUCGAUCCAUAUCGUCACCUUUCCUGCCGGCUACGUGCCGCCCGAACAGCGUGAGCCUGAAUAUAGCCAUCUAGUUCGUCCUACUCGACGUGAGCAGCGUGAACAAGCCAGAUUAGCGCUCUCCAAGUCAACCAAGAAGAAUAAGAAACGCUCUGGAGUGAAUAUUCGACCAGUUCUCACAAAGUUGUUGGCAUCCUUCUCGGGACAGACGGCAACCGACGCCUCACCCGAGCCACUCACUAUCGACACCGUUCGUGAAGAGCAGGACGACGGUGCAAUUACCCAAACCGAAACCGGUCCAACCCAUGAGACCUCGGAUAUUCCUCAAACGCAAUUUUCAGCAGAAGAAGUUGUCGACGAAACUAUGGCUUCACAAGCGGCGUUCGUAGCUGCAUCAGCAGAGCAUGUCCUACAACCACAUUCUUAUUUAAACACGAGGCACAAGUCCUCCCCGACAACAAGCAUUAAAGAAAUUCAGAAACCCGUCGCCUCUGGUAGCGGCGUUAUCUGCUCGAUUGUCCUUGCCGAACCUACUGUAUUUUUAUAUGGAUUUGACCACGAACGUCCUGCGAGACAAGAGAGCAGACCGGGUAGUGCUUUACUGCGUGGCAAGCUGCAGCUAAAGAUUACCAAAAAUGUCAAAAUCAAGGCUGUACAACUAAAACUACAAGGCAAAGCAAGAACAGAAUGGCCCGAGGGUAUACCACCACUGAAGCAAGACCUUUUCGAGGAGGAGGGCCUGCGCACGCAAGUGCUGACGUUUUUCAACGCCAUGAAUGAAGGCUGGGAAUCCGAGUACGGCAACCAGUGCAACCAUCAGCUCAAAGAACGUAUUUCACCGAGUGCUAGUAGCAUCAACCUGAACCCUCGCGCUAGCGUAACAGGCAUCCCGUCACCCAUAUCAGCCAGAGGCGGACUCACUGCCAAGGACUUGAAACGCCUGUCACUACAAAGCAACCAGUCCCGAAGUUUCGGCAAAGGCGACACUGGUGUGGCAUCGGCCACGCAAGCCAAGGGAUACAAAGUCUUCUACCCCGGUACUUACGAGUACACCUUCGAACUACCCAUCGACCACCACCAACUGGAAACCACCAAACUGCCCUAUGGUUCAGUUAAGUGGGAGCUCCAUGCUACCAUUGAUCGCGCUGGCGCCUUCAAGCCCAAUCUUCACGGAAACAAGGAGGUGUGCAUUGCUCGAUUGCCUGACCCCAUGUCCCUCGAGAUGACAGAACCCAUUUCCAUCAACCGUACAUGGGACGAUCAGCUACAUUACGACAUUGCCAUCUCUGGCAAAAGCUUCCCGAUCGGUGCCAAGAUUCCCAUUGCAUUCAAGCUAACGCCUCUUGCCAAGGUGCAGCUUCACAAACUUAAGGUGUAUGUGACAGAAUCUACGGAAUACUGGACAAAUGACCACCGUGUAACGCGCAAAGACCCGGGACGUAAGAUUUUGCUUCUGGAAAAGGUCGCUGGCAAGCCGCUCGACUCGGCAUGGAACUCUUCCAGUUUACGGACCGUUCGCGGUGGUGAGCUCUCGGCGGAUCAAAGACGGGAUGCGAGAUACUCUGCGCAGCUGAGACGCUCUGCUGAAGCAUCUAAGCGAAACAGUGCAGCCGAUCCUCUUCCUCAGCCCUCAGAGAACUUGCUGGGUGAUAUCGACCUUGGUCUUGAAUCCAUGUGGGGAUCUACAGAGAUUGAAGCCAACGUACAAAUCCCGACGUGUGAGAUGAUGGCACGCAACAAGGAUCUCCGCCUCAGCCCUGACUGCAGCUGGAAGAACGUUAACGUCUAUCACUGGAUUAAGGUUGUGAUGCGCAUCAGCCGUCCUGAUCCUGAGGAUCCUUCUGGCAAGAAGCGCCGCCACUUUGAAAUCUCCAUCGACUCGCCCUUUACCAUCCUCAGCUGCCGCGCCUCGCGAGCUAACACGUACCUGCCCGCUUACUGCGGCUCGCCUAGCAUGUCAUCUACCAACCAGUAUGCUUGCGGAUGCCCAGAUGCAGACAGCAUCCCGGCCGACCCUGCUCCCAACAACUCUAGCGGAGAGACGCUUGUGGAUUCGGAUGAGGCUGGAGGAGAAGCGCAUAUUCAUGAGCAUACUGUGCGACCGAUGCACCUGAUUCGCGUUCCUAGCUACAACCCUCCAAGCUGGGAUGAAGAUACUUCACCACCGCCACCGAUGCUCGUGGACGAAACGCCACAAGACCCCAUGCCGACGCCUCCGCCUCUUUAUGAUCACAUUGUUGGCACACCGAGCGUCGACGGUCUGGCUGACUAUUUUACGCGACUAGCCAAUUAUCACGGCCAAGACGGCGACGACAGCUCCGAUUCCGACGAAACGCCACCGCGUCUAUUGGAGAGAUCUGGACGUGUAAACGUAGCGCACCCUCGCACACCUGGUGGUCGCAUGCCGAGCCGCAGCUUUGAGAUCAACCGGGGAACCUUUGAGCUCCAGAUGGGCGCCUUGCCCACGCGAGCCUAGUUGCCGCCUACAAGACGUCAUUCUUGGUAGCGGCUUUUUUUUUCUGUCUUGACAUUGGACUUUUUGAAGGCGAUGCAUGCACAGCACACUACGACGUAUUUCUUUCCCUAGAAGAGAAUUUGUACCAAUGAUACCACUAUGCAUAUGAAGUUGUUAGGUUUUGGAUAUAUGGACAACGGCAUUACUUAUUUAAUAGAAAUGAAAUUAUUUGAAUAACACCAACUGUUUCCCCGAA